AUGUCCAACUUCAACGUGGGCCUCGGCCCGAAAGGCCGAACAAAAACAAGCCAACUUCCACGGAGCCCAGAUGUUGAGUUGACGACAAGCACGUAUUUCUGCCGCUACCCGCGGCAUCUGAUCGGCGGUAAUUAUGAGAAUGUGAAUGGUGGUGGGACUAGCACAUUGCCACAAGAUUUAAAGAUUGGUGAUAUUUCUAUGUCAAAUGGUGAAUCUGGAUCUAGUGAUAAAGAUAAUCGUGGUGGCAUGUAUGGCAUAGAGCAUGAUCCAGCAAAGAGGACCCCUAUCUCAGAAUAUGAUAUUAAUGAUCAAGAUUCUAUUAGAAGGGCGUACAUUGCAUUGGGGCCAUGUCAACCUAAGAUGAAGGCAGAAGAUUUUUCGCAACAUAAUUGUGGAGCUUCCAAUCAUGGUGGAGAUACUUUUGUUAAUGGAGGGUUUAGAAAUUGGAACAUGAAACGUAGAUUUCAUAAGCAUGUCGGUGCUAUUAAUAGUGCUCAUUGCCAAGCUGAAGAGAAAUACAAUUUGUUUAUGAAACCUAAAUCAUCAAUUCAUGAGUCAUUUGCAUCAAAUAGCGCACAAUACAAGAUGCAAUAUGAAGCUCGCUUGACAUGGUCACUUAAAUGCAUAAGAUACCUUUUGGCACAAGGGUUGGCUUUUCAUGGUCAUGAUGAGUCUAAAACCUCAGAAAAUAGGAGAAAUUUCAGGGCGCUUUUGCAAUGGUUGGCUAGGAACUUUGAAGAGGUUAAUAAGGUGGUUUUUGGAAAUGCACCUGGCAACUGUCAGAUGAUAGACCACAAGAUUCAGAAACAACUCAUUACAUCAUGUGCUCAUGAAACAACUAAGUUUGUCAUAGAAGAACUUGGUGAUGAGUGUUUUGCAGUUCUUGCUGAUGAGUCAAGUGAUGCUUACCAACAAGAACAAUUGGCUCUUUGUCUACGGUUUGUCAAUAAAAUAGGUGAGCCGGUUGAGCGGUUUCUUGGUCUUGUCCAUGUUGAAGACACCAUGGCAUUGACUCUUAAAGAGGCAAUCAAGUCUUUGCUUCUAAAAUACCAAUUGCCUUUAUCCAUAGUGCGUGGACAAGGAUAUGAUGGCGCUAGUAACAUGAAAGGUCAUCGGUUGCUAAGGAAAACACCGAUUGUGCUUGGUUUUUUUGGGCAACUUGCUUAUUUGUUGAAUGUUCUUGGGAUGUCUUGGUUUGAAUCAAGAGAUGGGCCUAGCAAGGCCAGUGCUUUGCAAAAGAGAGAGCAAGAUGUUAUGAAUGCGAUGGAUCUUCUUGAGCUUACAAAGCAUAAAGUUAAAGUUGUUGAUAUGGAUGCUAAGUAUAAGCCUAUCCAAAGAGCAAGGAAGUUCUACAAGGAUGCCUUUAAUUAUCAUCGGUUUCAUGCUGAUAUGUUUUUGGGUGUCAUUGAUAGACAAAUUCAAGAGUUUAGCAACAGGUUUGAUGAGGUGAAUACAGAGCUACUAAGGUGUAUGGCAGCUUUUAGUCCAACCAAAGGUUUUUCUGCUUUCAAUAGGGAGAUGUUACUUAAGCUUGCUGGAUUCUAUCCUCAUGAUUUUAGUUUUGAAGAAAUGAACCAACUCACAUUUCAACUGAACCUUUAUUUUAGUGAUGUGAGCAAGGAUGAAAACUUCACAAAUUUGAGAAGUCUAGCAGAAUUAUCUAAGAUGCUUGUUACAACAGAGAAGAGUAUUCGACAUUAUCUUGUUUACAGACUUCUCAAAUUAGUGCUCAUUCUCUCUGUUGCAACUGCUGGUGUUGAGAGAGUUUUUUCUUCAAUGAACUAUAUCAAAAAUAAGUUGAGAAGCAAGAUGGGUCAACAGUAUCUAAAUGAUUGUUUGGUUACAUUCAUCGAAAGAGAAUUCUUCUUCCAAGUGAAGGACAAGGACAUCAUAACUUAUUUUCAAAACAUGGAGCAUCGUAAAGUUGUCCUCUAA